AUGGGAGCCCCGAAUAACGGAUCCAACAUAACGUCCAACUAUACCAACCAGUUUGUGCAGCCCGUGUGGCGCGUCGCUCUCUGGUCGGUUGCCUACAGCUUGGUUUUGGCGGUGGCCGUUUUUGGAAAUGUCAUCGUCAUUUGGAUCAUUCUUGCGCACAAGCGUAUGAGAACGGUGACGAAUUACUUCUUGCUCAACUUGGCGUUUUCGGACGCGUCCAUGGCUGCGUUCAACACUCUGAUCAACUUCAUCUACGCUGCGCACGGGGAGUGGUACUUUGGAGAGGCUUACUGCAAAUUCCACAACUUCUUCCCGGUCACAUCUGUGUUUGCAAGCAUCUACUCGAUGACUGCGAUAGCAGUGGACAGAUACAUGGCCAUCAUUCACCCUCUGAAGCCUCGCCUGUCAGCAAAGGCCACCACAGGGAUCAUCGUGUGCAUAUGGAGCCUCGCUAUAGUUUUAGCCUUCCCACUUUGCUACUUUUCCACCACCCAAGUCCGUCCUCGAAGGACCAUCUGUUACGUAGCCUGGCCUCGCAUGGCAGACGACUCCUUUAUGUAUCAUAUCAUAGUUGCAGUUCUGAUCUAUGUGCUGCCUUUAGUAGUGAUGGGCAUCACCUACACCAUUGUGGGGUUGACGCUGUGGGGAGGUGAGAUUCCAGGUGACACUUCUGAUAACUAUCACGGGCAGCUCCAGGCUAAAAGAAAGGUUGUGAAAAUGAUGAUCAUUGUAGUGGUGACCUUUGCCCUCUGCUGGCUGCCCUACCACAUCUACUUCAUUGUGACCGGCAUCAACAAGCGUCUGAGCAAGUGGAAGUACAUCCAGCAGGUUUACCUGUCGGUGAUGUGGCUGGCAAUGAGCUCCACCAUGUACAACCCCAUCAUCUACUGCUGCCUCAACAGCAGGUUUCGAGCAGGCUUCAAGCGGGCGUUCCGCUGGUGCCCGUUCAUCAAGGUGUCAAGCUAUGAUGAGCUGGAAUUACGCUCCACCCGGCUUCACCCGACACGGCAGAGCAGUAUGUACACGCUGACAAGAAUGGAUACCACAAUGGUGGUGGUUUACGACCCAGCUGAGGGUGAUGGUGGCGCUGGGGGCGGCACCGGGCGGAAGCACUCUUUGCCCGCCCGAAAGAGAAGCUACAUCACAUCUCGCCAAACUGACAUCACCAUCUCCAACAACAGCAGUGGGAAAACCCAGAAUGGAGUCGCACCAAGUGCUGAGCCUGAGGAGUUCUCUUGA